AUUUCAAUCAGUGCAUAGCCAGCUUUAAUUAUGAAAGGGCUGUUGCUAUUUCUUGGCCUCGCUAUCGCCGGCGCAUCUGCAGCAUUUCAGCCAGGCUUAAGAAUAAAAUUCAACCUUGGUUUCGGCAUUGGUAGCGACUUCUUCUUCGAAGUACCCAGAAGAUUGGCAGCAGCAGUCAUACAACGAUGGGUUUUGACGCAAAGACCAGGCAACCCUCCACUACCUUCCCUCGUGAUGUACUGCUCUAACGACCUCGUCGUCUGUGGUUUAUAUGAUGACAAUGGUAUAAUAUCCGGUUUACAAAUUGGUAUACCUCAAGAUGAAUUCACGGACGCUGUUUAUGACUGGGAAUCACAAGGUUUCGUAGAAUGGGUUACAAAUACCCCUGCCGGAGACGUAAGGGUUUUCUGGGCUAUACAACAGUAUUUCGUUAAUCAAGAAUACCUUGAUCUAGACGCAGCUGAGCGUCUCGCACAUUACGAUAACACCAAGUUACUCCAACAAAACACACUCUGGGUUAAUGGGUUUAAUGGUGCUAUUGAUGAGAUUUCCGCCAGGAGCAGUGACAUCGAGAACAGCGAUUUUACCAGACAAGCCUGCGUUCCUUGGAUGGGUCGUCACUUCUAUUACAAAAUGACGAAACAAACUCAGUGUGCGGCGGGUACUAUGUACCCCUGGUUCCCGCUCGUGCACUCCGGCCAAUUAGUUGGAACUGGUUUGAUGAUGUUCGGAAAACUACCCAUCAAGGCAAAUCAACGUGACUGGUUUGAAAGACCACCAGGGCUUGCUGUUCGGUUCAUUGUGCCGGAAGGGCCCGAUUGCUUGUACCAGUUAGCUGGAGACCCUGGCGUGGUGACCAUGCACAUUUACUACAUCGACACGCCGCAGAAUAUGGGCUGCCUACUGAAUUAAUAAAAUAUUUAUACCAUUUAAUCAACAUUUAAACUAAUUCGCUUGUAAAAAAACAAUUUAUUUAUGUCCUUAUCUAAUGUAUCAAUGUAAAACACUAUAAAGUAAUACCCCUGUAUUAUUUAGUCGUAUUUUUAUUUUGUAAAAUAAAGUUAUAAACAAAAAAAAA